UUCCAACGCCUGCUGUCUGCCUCGUCGAAUCUCUGCCGAUUGAAGCUGGAUUUCAGCCGUUUCUGCCCCUCGUCACCAAUUUCUUGACGCUUGCACUGAACGUUGUGUUCGUUUCUUUGUGGGUUUUUCGUCCCUGAUGGAAACUCCUCAUGCAUAGUCAGAUUUUGCAAGACAGCUCUCUCAGGAAUGGAGCUCUUGGAUUUCGACCUUGAUGAGGCUUUCGUUGAUGACUCUUCGACCUGGGUUGAUUUCUCGCCACUGUAUGAUAAUGUUGAGAUUGAUAGCGGUGACGAGGAGCGGUGGCGAGAAACUGCCAUGGCUUCAGCUUCUCUUUCUUCCGCUUCCGAGUCUGUCUCUCCUCAUGUAGAGGUGUUUGCGUUGUCUGCCUCGUGUGGUGAUAAUGCUGAUACGGUUGCGUUGUCCUCUUCUUUCUCUUCUCUUACUCCUGUUGCCUCCGAAUCUGUUGCCGCAACGCAUUCCUCCUUGGGUGUUGUGUGGAGCGCUCCCUCCGGCCAGCAGUGCAAUCCCGAUGAUCCUGAAUUUGUUCGGAGAUUCGAGACUUGCAGGGAUGCCGCCUCUCAAUCUCAGGACUGGGAAGAAUCUCAUAUAAAGGAGCUUGAAGUUAGGUGCCAGAAUUUGACGGCGCAAGUUGUACAGCUACAGCGAGCCGUGGCAGCGACGUCGAUGGAGAACGUGAACCUCAAAGAUGAGCUUGUCCGUGUUACGAAAUCCGAGGAGGCUAUUGUCAAUACCGGUGUGUCACAGCGUGCAGUGCGUGAAGGCAACUCCCUGCAGCCGGAGUUCUUGCGCCACCGCUCAUACAACCACCCCCUUUCCCACACUAGUGGCUACUUCCAAGGGUUUCUUCUCGCCCUCCCGCAGCUGCUAAUGCUGGCAGCAGUGGCUGAACCGAGCGACCCUCAGACAAGUCUACCUCAGCCCCUUCCUGAAGAGAGGGCCAAUGCUCCUAUGUGGGUGCAGCUCUACCGUGCACUUGGAGGAGGCAUAGCAGCACGAGGAAGCUGCAGGAGGAAGAAACGGAACCGACGUCGGUACAACCCCAAUUCUCGAUGGCCCAGUCGGCCUUCGGAACGGAAGCUUAUGGGGAGACAUAGGCGGAGGGUCAAGCAUCUUCCAUGUUCACGAAUUCUUUAGGAAGCAAAGCGCAAUUUUUUAUCUUAAAAACUCUGAUUUCUUUACUUUUCUCUACAUCGCUGUGUACAUUUUCUGCAAUACCUUCUUCCGAUUGAGAAUUCCGCAAACUCGUAUUCCAGUUAUUCCCCACUCAACGUUGCAAUCCGAGUAAUGAGAGCUCAUGUGCUCCAUGGACAAUAUGGAGCAGGAACUCCUCAGAAACGACAAGUUGACACUGUGGAGUCAGAGCAAUGCAUGGAUUGCCAUUGAAGAGCAUUGAAGCUCGUUGCUAGUACCAUGUGCUGCUUGAAAGGCACAGUGAAGCCCUACUUGUGUAUUAGACAUAAAGGCAUUGACAUGGAAGAGUAUUUUUUUUGUACAGA